AUGGGGUGCAGGUGCUGCAAAAUGAUACAAAGUUAUAUUUUUGAUCCAGAAGAAGUACAAUCGCCUGGAUGCAUUCAUGAAGUGAACAGCUAUAAACACAAUGAGCAAGGCAGCAACAAAUCCAAAUUCAAAGAGAGCAGUGAAAUUCAAGAACAUAAAAACGAACUCCAGAUGGAUGAGCUAAACAGAACAGAAAAUAAAAAUCAAGUAAAUAGCACGAAAGAAACUCUCUGGAACCACGGAGGCAACGAUUUUCAAGAGGAUGGCUUUGUGAAGUGCGUUGCAAAGCCUGAUGUUGCAGUCAAUGGUGGCAACUCCUGUGCUGGAGGGCACUCUAUGCUCAGUCCCAACACAAACUCAGUGGAAGAAGCCAGUGCACAGGGAACCUCCAGCCAGUCAGAGGCUUCUUCAGCCAGCAAGAGAGACUUUUACAUCAAAUCAAAUAGGUCUGGCCAAGAACUUGACCUAGAGGCAGGCCAGCAGAGGAAGACAGCCUGCAAUGAACCAAGCAGUAUUCAAGAUGACAACUCCCCGUCUGAAGAUGGCAGCAUCCUUCUCAAAGGAAGUGUGAUACUGGAGACACAAAACAGUGCCAUACAACUGCCAGAUGUUGGUUAUCGCCAAAAUGGCAAUCAAAUCAGGAACUAUGUUGAAAAAGAUAGCUUUUCAGUCAAUUGUGCACAUUCAGACCAAAACACUAGGCCUUCAGCAAUACAGGACCAGGACCUUUGUGUAACUUCACCUUCGCCUACAAAGGAGAGCAAUAUUGAACCUUUUAAAACUGACUCCACAAGUUUGAGUGAGAGCAUUACUCAUGGUAUCACUGCUGUGGCUGUUACCAAAGUAGCACUGGCACCCACACACCCCAACCAUAAAGACAUCAAUGGAGAAAUUGAGGAGGAAGAUGCAGAAGUUGCAGCAGCUCUGGCUGCACUGGAAGCUGCAACUGCAGGGGAAGACCUGGAAGACGAUGACGAGUACUAG